AUGUCUGACGGUCUUUACGCGUACCUGGAGGCACUCGACGAUACGUGGGAAACCAAUACACCCCACGACGUUUACAACGAUGAGGAGAGGGAACUCGCUGAAGGAUCGAACAAUUUGACGUACUACGCAAUGGACACACGAACAGCAUCCCGACGCAACAUACGGCAUAUACGAUAUGAGAUCAUGGCAAUAGCAUCGGCCGGUAGCGAUCACAGUGACUAUGGCAAUGGUGAUGAUGACUGCUCCACCAUGUCCAGCGCUUCUAUCGAGCACUAUCAAUAUCCGUUGGAGGCUGCUGGCUACAAUGACCACAUUGCACCGGGUAACUCACGGCCUCGCAGGAGCACGACGACGCGGAAGAACCGGUGCUGUGUGGAGGCUGCUAGCUACAAUGACCACAUUGCACCGAAGAACUCACGGCCUUCGCAGGAGCACGACGACGCGGAAGAACCGGUGCUGUGUGUUCUUUGGAACGGCGUGUACGAGUCAGUGGAUGUUGACGAAGCGGCCGAUGCAUUAGCGGAGCGCGAUGAGCCCCCGAGCGCCGCGGAUACCCUCGAAGAAGAUGCGGGGGAUGCGGACACGCAGUAUCAGACUGGCGGGGGACCCCUUCUUCGGUCGCAGAGUUGUGCCGUCGAAGACACCGACAACGAGGGAGUCAUCGAUAACGACGUGUUACCACCAGGAUAUAGGUUUACCGUAGAAGCCGAAACGACGCGUCGCAUAAAUCGGUUUCGAUUAGACAGACGCGAAAUAACAAUGGCUAUCCGGCGGCCACCCCAAGAUCCUGAUACGAAUACCGUAUCUUGGCUGCAGGGCGCAGUCCUAAUUAUUUUCAUAUGCCGCUGAGUGCACUACCGAAAGCCUUC